AGAACAGUGCGUUCUGUUACUUCGAUCCAGUUUUCCUGUGUCGGCUGGCGUAUCAGAUAUGUUCUUGGGACUCCGGCACGCGCGCACACUUCAGGUUUGGAUAGAGCUUUGUGAGGGGCAAAAUGGCGUGGAGAAGCAUCUUACUGGGCGCGCUGUGCGUCUUGCUCAUCUCAUCCCCAUCCUUCGGUAAGGAGGAGGCGGCGGGAAGGCGAGGAAACUUAAGCCCCUCGGAGCCCGGGGAGGAGCCGGGUAAAGCGGCGGUCCCCUAUCGGUACAUGCUCGGGCUGUACACUCGGAAGAAGGGCCUGGUGUCAGCCGUGGAGGCGGGACAAGCGGACACGGUGCGGGCGUUCGUCGACAAGGCUGUAGAUUUUAAACGGCUACGGGGUGAACACGACAAACGCCAUCGUUACGUCUUCAACACGUCGUCUCUCUCUAACGACGACGUGGUGUCGGCCAUCCUGCGGGUGUUCCGCGAGCCCACCCCGCUCACCGUUCUGGAGCAGGACGGUCCACCGGAGCGCGCCGAGCUGUACACGUGCAGGGGGCGUCACCGACGCGCUAGGCUAGACUCCAAAAACCUGUCCCCGAAAAGCGGCGAGUCCAAGACCUGGUACCAGUUCGACGUGCGUCACGCCGUCAGGAAGGCCGUGCGGAGGAACGUCGCCGUCAGCUGCUUCGAGCUGGUGGUGCGCUCCUUACGUUCCGGACGGGAGGUCAACGUCGUCAACGAAGGGUUCGGGCACGCCUCGCGCAGCGCGGACAAAACGUCCCUCCUCCUGGUGUCAUCCAAGUCGUCCGGCCCGCGAUCCAUCACGGAGUCACCUUUCAUCGGGGCGCUGGCGAAUGCCACCAGCACGGCGGCGGCGGUGGCCAGCGGCGGCGGGCGGGAGAAGAGGCGGUCCCGGCGGAAGAACGCCAGCCCGCGGGGGCGAGCCAGGCGGCACGGCUGCAUGCGGAGGUCGCUGCACGUCAACUUUCACGACCUGGGCUGGGAGGACUGGAUCAUCGCCCCCACCAACUACAACGCGCACUACUGCGCCGGAGCCUGCUCCUUCCCGCUACGGUCCCACCUGGAGCCCACCAACCACGCCAUCGUGCAGACACUCGUCAACUCUAUGAACCCAAGGGCUGUUGACCAGGUUUGCUGUGUUCCCACCAAGCUGAGCCCCAUCAGUAUCCUGUACAUUGACGGGAAGGACACGGUGGUCUACAAGAAGUACGACGACAUGGUGGCAGACCAGUGCGGCUGUCGGUAG